AUGGUCCAGCGAGUACUUGGGGACAGGGGUCCCUGCAGACCAGUUGUGGCACUUUCGAAGACGACCAUCGACUCAUUCAAUGAUGAUGCAAAUCGGACUUCACGCCUCCCAGUCACAGAAGGUUCUUCGAAUGCGUUGUCAACGCUUCCCCUACAGGCUCUAAUAGAUCACUGCAACAUCCACGCCUGUGAGAUAACGUUCCGUCUCGACUCCGGCAAGGUGUUUCAGGCCACCACAACGCGCCCGGAACCCCAAGAAGUUCACGAUGAGGAGCUCCUGACACGCCAAGUUUCUCGCUCAUCCGUGUAUACAGUUGAAGAUUUUGAUCAGGAAGAAACUGCUUCCGGAAGCGGAAAGGCUCGCAGCCUGCCAAUUGCAGAUCGUCGUAGUCAGACCACGAAGAGGAAGAGGAAAGGCUCCAGCUCCCAUACUCCUGCUUCACGCAUAAAGCGGAGACCUGCUGAAAACCGCCGAGCCGCAAUUAAAUCAGGUUGCAACUCCGAAUCCGUGGACGAGAACGAGAACGAUGACGAGGACGCGGACGAGGACGCGGACAACGCCGAGGACGACUCCGACUCCGACUCCGACUUUGAGGACGAAAUCGAUGAGUUGGAAGGUGCCGAAACGGAAAUGGAACAGUUCAGGAUAGACGAGGUAUUCCUUCGCUAUUACGAACCUGCCUUCCGGUCGAUCAACCAGCUUGUCUGCAAGGACAUUUCGAAGUUGUGGAUCCGCUUUUGUCAUCCAGGAAAGCAGACUACCCACCCUUAUAAUGGUGGGAAGUCUACCAGUGAGAAGUCUACCAGUAAGAAGUCACAGGCAGAGCAUGGAUACUUAGGGCACUUCACCAAACCAGAUUACUGGCCAUCCGAUGCAGGUUGGAAAGCGUUUACAGCGUCACCGCGUCGGCAAACAGAGCCAGCGUGUCGGCACAUAGAGCCAGAUCACGAGAAGAAACCUGAAAGACUUUUACUUCUUGUCCACCUUCUCCGAAGUCAAAAUAGAGGUUUCAAGGAUGGCGUUUUCACUCUUGACAAGAUGGCGAAAAGCACCAAGGGUAUUCAUCUGGAGUAUCCAGGGCGCUGGACCACGCAAUGUGUCGAACGCCUUAAGGAAAUAUAUCGGGUGAGGGCUAUGGAGAUGAAAUAUGAGGCGGGUGAAAUUGAUGGAAGUACUCUGGUAUCUGUCCGGAUGCUCAGAACCCGACGUAAAAUUCGCAAGGUACCAAAGUCAGCCGUCAAGGCCUCAGGACUACCCCGCGAGCAGAUCAAAAAAGAGCCUCAGCCAGAGGUGAUGAGCUCUACAGCAUGUCAUGCGCCUGUUGCAAAAAUGGGCAUCAAUGUGCAAAUCGGGGAUGAAGACCUGGCAUCUUCGUCGUCUGAAAGGGUUGCUCCACAGGCGAGUUCCCCUAAACCUAGGUUGUGCAAAGCUCGCACAAUUCAGCAUGGGUUGCCUUUCUAUGAUUCGCCAUCGCCAAAACAAAAACGCCACAACUCGGCCCAGGAAAACUGGAGUACGCAACCAGCAGACCUAACGCAAGACCCUACCGUCUUUACGCACCCAAACUUUUUUGGCUCCUGGAUGCAGAGCUUCCCCAGCCAAGAAUUCGUACGCCGCCAGUACGAUCAUGAGUCGACUGCCUCUCAGGUAGUCGCAAAUCCAAUGCGUCCGAACGGAGCAUUUACCCGCAGCCCUCCAGCCGGGCCCGUCGCAACAAGGGUGGAACACGCCCGUCCCCCAACGUUUGUCGCGUCUUCAUCAGGCCUGGUUGGAGCUUUCUCCACAGGUACGGAGUACUCGAGCUGGCAGACUGACGACCCCUGGAACCCUCAAGCGGAACCCUCAAUGUAUUCGGCCGUCCCUGGUCCCAGCACCUCUCUUCUGCCAUGUACGAAUGGCUCCUUUAGCAAUGGCUAUAGCGGCGCAAAUUUCUCCAGCGGCCUGCCGUUGGACAUCUGGAAUGAUGGGAACCAGACUGGAAUGCCACCGUACCAUCAAGGCGUUGACGAGGACGUACAACACUGCCUCAACCUACAGGCAGUCGGUAUGCCAUGGUACGAGCCCUUGAGCUUGAACACACCAUCCAGUGGUAAUCCAGCUCUGGCAAACCAAGUCUUGCCCACUGGCUUCCGCCCCCAUACCUCGUUGGACGCCGAGCACAAGUUUGAGCCGGUCUUCCAGGAUCAACAACAGCUCUGA